AUGACUAAAGCCAUUGUUCUUGCUUUCUUUAUGAUUGUCCUUGUUCUAGGGAUGGUGACGAAAGAGACUCGAGGACAAGAAAUGUGUCGUGAUAUUUUAAUGAGAGGAAACUGUGAAGCUUCGGCAUGUACCAAUCUAUGUAUGCAGAAAUGGAAAGGAACUGGUGCGUGCUUCCAAAACGAACAAGUAGAGAGCUGCCUCUGCACUUUUCCUUGCAAGAUUUGA